AUAUGAAAUCUACACAACACCGGACAGAUGUAAACAUGGCAGCCCCCGUAUCACACGUGAUAUUUGACGUGGAUGGACUCAUAUUAGAUACAGAAAACCUAUACACAAAAAUCACAGAAGAGAUUGUGGAAGAAUAUGGUAAAACAUUCACAUGGGACGUUAAAUCCAAGCAGAUGGGCAAGAAGGAUGUGGAGGCAGCAAAGAUUCUCAUAGAUGAACUACAACUUCCUAUAACCGUGGAUGAAUACCUAGUAAAGGCGAGGGCUCAGCAGAAAAUUUUGUUUCCAACUGUUGGUCUACUGCCAGGGGCUGAAAAGUUAAUACAUCAUCUACACAAACAUAAGGUUCCUAUCGCCGUGGCAACAGGGUCUAGUAAAAGGAGCAUCGGGCUAAAGACAACUCGUCACCAAGAUCUCUUCAGUCUCUUUCUCCAUUUUGUAUACAGCAGUGACGAUCCGGAGGUGAAGCACGGAAAACCAGCUCCUGACUGUUUUUUAAUCGCGGCCAGUCGGUUUCCAGAUAAUCCUAACCCUAGCCAGUGUCUGGUGUUUGAAGAUGCCAUAAAUGGUGUGAUGGCAGCUCAUGAUGCAGGAAUGCAGUGUGUGUGGGUACCGGACCCGAAACAACCUCAGGACGGAUACAGAGAGAAAGCUACUCUCACACUGGACUCACUCUUACAGUUCAAACCAGAACAAUUCGGGCUUCCCCCUUAUGAUGUUUGACAAAUACUAUGAUUUUAGUAAGUUAUCUAGUAUAGAGAGUAUUUAUGCAAUGUAAUUUGAAAUGUGAUUGAAUUUUUUUUCCCAUUCUCAUGUGCCCCUGACUGUUGCAAGGACAUUAAACUCCAAGAAACAGAAAUAAAAAUAUCUAUCCAAUUUAUUUCAUGAAGCAAACAGUUGAUAGGCAAAACGUUCAAAGGUAGUGUUCCUCAUUUAAUGAAGAUAAAUGAGUUGUUAAAAUGUGAAAUUGUUAAUUUCAGGAGAUAUCCUCAGUUUUAUCAAAGACCUAUUGUAACAAUAAGUCAAUUAAGGUUUUUAACAAGCUCAAUAGCUGACCAAUCAAAACCAAACAUCUUCCAAUUACAGCCAUAACUUGGUGUAGUUGUUUGAACAUACAACUAUGUCUAAUACUUAUCUUUGUCCAUACUUAUUUUUCACAUUAAUUAGUUAGUUACUUGUCUUAAAGCUAUGAAAAAGUGACUGCUUGAUUCUCAGACCCUCCCUGAUCUACUUUUAAGUCGAAAAAAGACUCUCAUUGCAUAUAUUCUUUCCUGGUUCAAUAAAAAAGUAUCCCUCAUUAUUCUUCAAACCUGUAAUAUCUAUUAUGCUAUUUAAGCAUAAAAUAAGAGCAUAUGUUUAUUCAAUGUUAACCAAAGAACCGUCAUGAUAAAUCAUUUUUAGCUCGUCUUGUCGGAGAAGAGGGAGGGCUUAUUUUGUCAGGUCGGCGUUAGUUUUUCAAAUGUUAAGUUUUUGGUGCAAGUGUGGAAAGGCAUAGUAAUUUAUGGUAAUAUGGUCCCCUUGGGGGUUAAACUAUCCCCUGCCAGACUUAAACUAAAAGAUUUUUUGGGGAAAAA